CCGAACACAGAGGAAUAUUUUUAUACGAUUUUUAUUGGAGCUCGAAGGACAAAAGAACUGCGAACAGAUACUGAGUCUGUUUACCCAGCGAUAAUUCACUGCUUUCCACAGCAAUCGGGCAGUAACAAAAUGGCAGAACAACUGACCUUUACUAUUCAGAACCGUGAGCGAAUCCAGGCAGUGGAGAGCACCUUCGGCCGAACAGGAAAGAUGCUUCUCAAACCGGGGCGUAUUCUGGUUGGAGAGGGCUGCUUGUCAAAGCUGUGCAGACGUGGACCCAAACCCAAGGUGUUCUUCCUCUUCAAUGACAUUUUGGUCUACGGUAGCAUCAUGGUGCCCGGUCGCUGGAACAAUAAGCAGAAGCUCAUUCCUUUGGAGGAUGUGCAGCAGGAAGAUCUGGAAGACGGAAUGGCCAUGCCCAACCAAUGGCUCAUCCGCACGCCACGCAAGUCUUUCUACGUGUCGGCGGCCUCGCCUGAGGAAAAGAACGCGUGGAUGGGACACAUUGAGCAGUACAAGUCCCUCCUAGUGCAAGCUAAGGGCCUCCCCACUGACAAUGCUGCAGAGAACUUUUUUGCUGCCACCUGGAUCCCUGACAUGGCAUCAGCCAUCUGUAUGCGCUGCUCGAAGCGAUUUAACGUUGCCAAUCGGAGGCACCACUGCCGGAGAUGCGGUUAUAUAGUAUGUAGAGCUUGCUCAAAGAGCCGGGCCUUGAUACCGAACAUCUCCUCCAGACCGGUGAGAAUUUGCCGGGCCUGUGUGAGCAGAGUUCAUGAGGGAAAAGAGCAAGGAAAGCAGAGAGCUAAGGGUAAGCACUGGAAGAAGAACACCGUAGAGGACACACCAACGCUAUGUGAGUAUGAGACGUCCAGUGAUGACGAGUCCAGUGAGCAGGGGUACCAGGUGCCCACCAAGUGGUUCAAGAGCCCGGAGGAUGAGGAUUACUCCCCAUAUUGCUACAUAAAGUCCGAGCACAGGAAUCCUCCCGUCAGUGAACUCUGAACCUGACAGAUGUGAUGAAGUAUGAACUAUGCUGAAACUCAUCAUGUGUUGCACCUCUCCCAAGAACAGAAGCACAGAGACAGAGAUGAAUAGCAGUAAUUAUAAAGUAUUUUGCACUAAAGUAUUUGAGUCACUUCUAUGACUUCUGUU